GGACAGGACGGGCGGACCGGGACAGGACGGGCGGACCGGGACAGAUACCACGACGCAGACCAUACUAAUCCCCGGCCACGGUCAAGGUAGACUGAUAACCUACUACAUCAUACUUGGCGUUAUCGGUGCAGCACUCCUCUAUCACCCUGGCCCCGACUCCCCUGGCCCCUGGUCCACUUUUUACAGAAUGAUUGUAUAUGCCCUUCUUUUCGAAUGUAGCAGGGGCCUUGGCGUACUUGUAGUAAGGCCUUGGCUUCCUUGGGGGUAGUGGGUACUUUUGAAGUUGGAUUUUCAAAAUUACUAGCAACAUGAUUUUAUCAGCGAAACUACAAGCGGAUUCAACAAACUUACAAAGUCUUUCAACAUUGCAAAUUAAACCAACCCGGAAGAGAAAACAAGACCGAUAAACCGACGCUGCUGCCACUACACACCAGGACCGGGUCACAAAACUCAACUCAACUCGACGGCCAACUACGAAAAAAAAGAUCAAAUGGUUCCCCUAUCCCUCAUCCUCCUCGGAUCCCUUCUCCCCUUCCACUUCAGUCGACAAGAUCAUCGAAUGGAAACGGUCUUCUUUGUUUGGCUCAUGGUGCUCAUACCUGUGAUCUGCUACCGUAUGUAUGGCCAGUUUCAACUUCUCCCUCUUGUUGCAUCUCCCUUUGUGGUCAUGGUCUUCUAUGAUCUUGGCAUCUGCGUCAUUAUGCUUUGCGGACUCCUGGAGUUGUGUUGUGAUCGGGUGGGGCUCUGAACUGCUGGCUUAUCACCUUGAGGCUCUGGGACUCUGAGGCACUCUUGAAGACUCUUGAAGAUGAGGACUGGAGUAGGAGGGAGGUUCUUAAAGACGAGAAGGAUAUACACACAGGGCUGGAAAGGCAAAGAGAUCAGGCAUGAUGAGAAGGAAGAUGUUGGAUGGCAAAGACGCUAUUAAUGAAGAAAGAAGGAUACGGAUGACAAGGAAGAGCAGCGAACGAGACGAGGCACGACGACUUGGAUGCCAAUAACGGGAUCUGGACAUGUUCAGGUUGCUACUCGCUGCUCUUGGGCUUGAACCUGUUCUUUUGUCUUCUCUGCGAGCUCUACACGACAACUAUCGCAAGCGUUUCUGGUACGAUUCAAAGGGGCCCAUUCCGUUCAGUUUAUAGUUUUUCUUGUUUGGGUUAUCAUGGCUGUCUGUUCAGGGCAUAUGAGUUGGAGCAAAAUCACUAUAGUCAUUAUCUCUGCG